UGUGAAGAGCACCAGCUCAUCAUUCUUUAUCGAGCAAAGAGUACCAACAAUCUCUCUCCCAACAAUUCCCUAUUCUACCACAGUCCAGAUUAUCGCAAUGAUGCAUCGAACGCUGUCCUGCUUCCUCUUCCUUUUAAGCAUUUUCCCGCUUAUCUAUGCUCACUCAACAGCCCCUCGAGCUAGUCUCAACAACUGCCAAAACCUGGCAAGGCUGAACCGUACCGUCCACCGUGUUUCCCCGAUCUUAGAAAGACUCAUUCAUCUUAAUGCCGACAAUGGCAAGGCGCUGGCACCCGCCCUAAAUGGAUCCAUCGGCGCCACCCAAAAACGAGAUCUUGGCAAUACCAUCCAGAAAAUCCAAUCCGUGCAGGUGUUACUGGGGCAGUCCAAGGACAAGAUCUCGGACAAGAUGAUGACCUGUCAGGAGCCUAACCUCGGAACAAAUGGCGUAUUAGGGGGUAAGAAGCGGGACGAAGACGACAAGUGCACGCUUGAUGAGGUGUUGGAAGAGCUGUUGGACGAGUUAACUGAUUCGCUGGAGUGUCUCUUGUCGGUCACGUUUUCGUUGCUGGGUGGUGUGCUGGAAUUGGUGUUCAAUAUGUUAAGUGGAAUCGUGCACUUGACUGGCGAAUUGCUUGACCUUGAUUGAUAGGUGUACGGGACAUAUAGAUUAUCGUUCCAGCUGACGCGCGAAUAAUUAAAUUGGAAGGGGAACCCGUGUAUUACAUAUAGAUCCUCAGGUGUGGUUCGGACAAGACGUACGAGAUAUGGCUUUGAUGCGCCACAUCUCUUUUGCGUUGUACACUAGAGUAUAUCAUUUCAACCGGCUGGUUGAGGCGAAGAUCUGAUUGUUGUACAACUUCAAAGCUCAC